AUCAUAUCGCUGCAGAACACCGAGCGCAUGGCCACGACUGCGUGGAGCGAGGUUACGACCCGGUUAGCGACGCGACGGCAAGGUCGUAGCAGUGACGACGCGCAUGUGUCUGCGUACCUCCAACUGAACGAACUUCUUGAGGCGCCCGACACGCCGGCGCGGCUGGACGCGGUGACGGCGGCGCUGCCGUCGCUCCUUGCGACGUUCGAGCACGACCUCGCAGCCGAGGCCGACGACAACAUCACGCCUCUCGUGCUGCGUACGCUCGCGUACUUUCUCUACCACGAACACGCCGUUGCGCACAUGCCAUCGACGACUGCAACGCGGUUGCUCCAGCACCUCUUCCGCCUCCUCGCCAACACCACCGACCAGACGACAUACCUGCUGAUCCUGUGGACACUGACCAAGCAGCGUCUGGACGAAGCCACGCAUGCGAUCGUGCCCCGCCUUGUCGAAGCUCUGUGCCAGGCAACGAUCAACACGUUUCAGUCGCGGAAAGUCCAGCUCUACGCACUCCAAGGUCUGCAUGAGACGCUUCUGAAGCACUCUACUCCGAUGCUUGCAUGCGCCCACAAGUGGUGCCACGUCGUCGCCAAGUGUCUCGCGAGCAGCGAGCUGGCGACGCGCGACGCCGCAAGAAAGUUUCUUCAAACGCUCUGUCAUCGCGCACCGCUUCCUGAGAUCGUCCGUGACGCUGUAGCGGCAGCCGUGCGCCUCCACGGCGAGCCGAUGGUCCACGCCCACGUUACGCACCGGCGCAUGCUUGAAGCCGUCCACGUUUGGGGCAUCCUCGUCGUCCUGCUUCGGGAAACGUUGCUUUCCGACUCGGCGCUUCUCGACAGCAUCCUCACGGUACCAGACGCAACGCUUCGCGACCAUGAUGCGACGGUGCGCUUGCUCAGUUACCAGCACUGGCGCGCCGUCGUCCACCUCUUUCCUCCCAAGUGGAGUUUUCGACGACCAGUCGUGCUACUCAUGCUGCAGCCGCUGCACGCGUGCUUCGAGUCGGAAACGUACGAGACCGUUCUCGACGCCGCGAUGGACACGUGGAUGUACAUUGUUUCGCACGCGGUCGCAGACCUUGGCGCGUUUUGCAGCCACGGCGCAUACGACGCAGUGCGCACGCUCUGGAUACGCUGGUACGACGAAUCCGUCACCAAAGUCGUUGUGGGUCUGCACCAGCGGCACCGGCUGCGGCAGGUGCGCCAAGCCACGGCCUUUGUCACGGCACUCUGGCGUCUGGUCCAUGACGACGACGAUGACGAGACGCGCAAAAGCGACCUCUUGGUAUCGUCCGCGACGGCUCCGGGCAGCUCGGCCAGCUGCAGCGUCGCCUCGACACCCGCUUUGCUUUGCGUUGGCGAUCGCCAGCUACGCGCGCUGCUGCCGACGUCGGGCACAAUCGCGCCGCUCAUCUUGUUCUCUGACGUUUUGACCUGUGUCGCCCAGUUUAUGGGUCUCGACACCGACUCUCGCGAGACGGGCGAGCGCAUCUGGGCCGGCUUUACGCGACGACUGCUCGAUGCUCUCGCCACCGUCGCAGCGGCCUCGGACGCAAAACAGCACAAGGUCUACUGCAAGAUUGCCUGGGGCGUCGUCGCUUUCGUGCUCGGCGCACCCAACAGCCCGAGCGUCCCUUGGAUGCAGCGGCUGCGCCUGACAUCUAUCGUGUUUGCGUCGGCCAACGACGCCAUGACAUCGAUGCUUCGCACGAUGCCCGUGAGCGUCCAAACGACACUUGCGGCCAUCGACAAGCGGCUACGCGAUCAGUGCGCGACAGAUCUCGACUGGCUACUCUCGCUACACCCAGCGGGAGGCGACCGCGUUGCAGUGCUAUGGCUCGCCGAGUGCUUUCUCCAGCUGCGAGACUUGCCCGACGCACUCGACUUGGCGUUGGAGACGGCAUCCGUGUUGACGUCGGUUGCACCUUGGCUCGCACCGGCAACGACAGUUUUUCCCCGCAUUUCGCGUGCCGUUUCCGUGGCCAAUAUCCAUGGGAUGUGGACAGUCGCGUCCCAUGACGUCAUAUCCGUCGACUCGUCGUCGGCCCCAGAGGCAUCGCCGUCGCCGUGCAUGCUUCCACCGGUGCCGACUCCCGUUUACCGGAAACUGGACUUCGAAGACGAAGUCGGUAAAAACGUGCUUCCCGGCGCCCCCCCGACCGAGGCGUCCGCUACGCAUGCCAUCCGUCCAGCGUCGACAUCGCCGCUUGCAAGCUCCAAGGAGCCGAUUGCGUCCAUCUUCCAGCACUUUCCGCAGUCGUUCCGGCAGCUCAUCGCGUUCUACAACAUCAAGACCGUUGGCGACCUCGCCUCGAUGCCGGAGGCGCAGGUGCGGACGUUUCCGAUGAAAGAUCCCGUCGCUACCGUUGCGCGGGCCCUCGACGAGUUCGACAACCGCGCCGCCCGCGUCAAUACACUUGCCAACAAGAGCCCGUUGCGGAAGCGCAAAGCGUGCAGUACACCGCCUCGAUCACUGACGCCCCACCGCCGCAUGCAGCUUGAUAUGCUACGCGAGGUCGUAACGCCUGUGCAGCUCCGCUUCGAGAGCCCGAAAGCCAAGGUGGCGGAACGAGUCACCUUCCACCUUGCCGCCACUGAUGGCCGCCUCCAGCUCGCUCGACCUGGCGAAGACUCGCAGGUGCUCCACGACCUGCCAACCGAUGUGCCCGCGCAACCAGCAGCUUGCAAAGACGAUGAGAGCGACCGAGCAAGUGUCUAUUCCUCCAAACUGCUCUCACACCUUGACCGCUGCGGUGUCUACGUCGACAAGAUCCACACCAGGGUGACCAACGAUGACUUGCCAUCCCCAGCACUACUCGGGGACCUUGAAGCUGCCCAUGGCGCGAUCACCAAGCUUUCUGGGCGCCUGCACACUGCGGCCAAGGUGAUUGCAGCCAAGCACGGCCAUCCUGCCUCGGUCGACUCGUGGGCCACCAUGGCAUCCAGCAGUCUGUAG